AUGUCCUGUAAAUCUACCAAAGUAGCUCCCAGUGUUGACUUCGACCACAGCUGCUCCGACAGCGUGGAGUAUUUGACGCUUAAUUUUGGUCCCUUUGAGACUGUUCAUCGAUGGAGGAGACUUCCUCCUUGUGAUGAAUUUGUUGGUGCAAGGUAACAUGAUAAAGGCACAGAUUUAGCUUUAUGUGACUCCAUCUGCUUUGUAUUAAUAACCUUGAUCUUCUUUGAUGUCUGUAGGCGCAGCAAGCAUACUGUUGUGGCAUACAGAGAUGCCAUUUACGUGUUUGGGGGAGAUAAUGGGUGAGUAGUACUGAUCUGGCAUAGCUCCAUUAUUUUGUGAACUCAGUAGGGGAGAGUGGGGUAGGUUGAGCCAAAGGGUAAGUUGAGCCACUCCCUGUUGCUUGGAAAUGGUAAAAGAAAUUGAUCAUGUGACCAAAUAUUUAGGAGAUGGGCAUCAAUUCAUGGAGUCUGUGAAGGUUAGAAGCACAUGGGUGAAGGGGUUAGACAUUUAUUUACAAAAAAAACAUUUUUCACUCUUGAAAGUGAAUUUAGUCUGUCAUAAGUUUUAUUAGAAUUGUGUUCAGACCAAAAUAGAUCAUUUUAAAUUUGUUUUAUACAUCAAUUAUUGUAUCUAUGAGCUAAAACAUGAGGUCAAAACUCUAACAUAAAAGUCCACCAUUUUAUCUUAGAGGACUAAUAAAGUCAUAAUAGUAGUCCUGGGGUAAGUUGAGCCAGUGGCUCAACUGAGAAAGUGAAGGAGUCUGAUGAGAGGAUCAGAGUUUUUUAUGUUAAAAUUGCAUUCUCAUGUUAAAAUGUUUUUUUACAAAACAGCUUUUUAACUGUUAUAUGCAAUAAUAAUAAAAAGAAUGAUUGUAUCAGUUGAAAAGCGUUUAAUAGAUAAAAAUACACAUGAAUGUGAAGAAGUGACUGUUAUUUAGGGAGAGAGAAGGUGAGGGAGGGCUGGGGUGGAGAGUGGGGGGGUGUAGGGAUACGACUCAACUUACCCCGUUCCUAUGGUCAACUUACCCCAUACACGGGGUAAGUUGACCAUAGGAGACCACUUUUUUGGCAUGCUAUAUUAUCAAGACAGUUAUGUUUACACUAAUUCUGUUGGUUUACAGGGAUGCACAACAUCUUAAAUAUAUGCAGAUACACUAGUUAGAGACAAAACUAUGAUUGCCUUGAUGUAGUGAUCUGAAAUAUGAAAAAUGGUUCAUCUUACCCCACUCUCCCCUAUAUCACAUGCAGUUAUAUUUUCUGUCACCUGUUAGGAAGAACAUGCUGAAUGACCUGCUUCGUUUCGAUGUGAAGGAUUGCUCAUGGUGCCGGUAGGACUGCAGAAUUGCACCAUAAUAAAUUACUUUUAAAGUAAAUAGAAAAUGGCACAGUUUGAUUUAUUGUCUGCAUUUGACAUUCACCACAGAGCCUUUACCACUGGAACUCCACCUGCUCCCAGAUAUCACCAUUCUGCCGUUGUGUACGGCAGCAGCAUGUUUGUUUUCGGUAAAUGUUUUAAGCUAUUUUUUUUUUCACAAUCAGAGUCAUUCAUGUCACAUAUCUGUAACUUUGGUGAAACUGUUUUUUAUCUUGAAUUUUUCAAGGGGGCUACACUGGAGAUAUCUACUCAAACUCAAACCUCAAAAACAAAAAUGAUCUUUUUGAGUACAAGUUUGCAACUGGACAAUGGACAGAAUGGAAAGUGGAGGGAAGGUAAUAUAUAAAUAUAUAUUUUUUUAUUUUUAAAUCAGUGAUUAAUUCUUAAGAAUAUCAUACUUUGAGGGGAGUUUGGUUAUACUGCAUAUGCUGGGCAUCACCUGAAUCAAAAUUUAUAACUUAAGCAACAAAGAAUUAUGCUAUUAUCCUGAUGUUAAAAAAUUGUAAUACAUCUUUACAAAAGCUCAGUCUAACAAAAUAACAAAAUCUUCUCUGUUUCAGCUUGCCAGUGGCCAGGUCUGCACAUGGGGCAACAGUCUAUAAUGAUAAAUUGUGGAUAUUUGCUGGUUAUGAUGGGAAUGCGAGGUAUGUUUUAUUAUGUAGUUUGUUCACAAUCAGUUUUUUGUUUUUAUUUUCAGCUUAUAAGACUGACUAAUUUGUUCAUUAUGUGCAGGCUGAACGACAUGUGGACCAUCAGUCUGCAGGAUAGAGAACAUGCGUGUUGGGAGGAGGCAAGACAAAAAAAAAUACAUGAACAGUGACAAGAAGAACACAUAGUGCUGUUGGUACACAAACACAGUAUACUGAAAGGGUUGACAUCUUUGUCUACUUUUGUUCUAAACAGAUCGACCAGAGUGGUGAGAUUCCUCCAUCCUGCUGUAACUUUCCUGUAGCUGUAUGCAGGGACAAGAUGUUUGUGUUCUCUGGUCAGAGUGGAGCCAAAAUCACCAACAACCUCUUCCAGUUUGAGUUUCAUGGUCACAUGUGAGUACAGUCUUAAAUUGUGUGUGAGAUCACUCCCAUGCCAUUCUUUCAGGAAUACUCUAUUUAGGACUCUUCUGCUCUCAGGUGGACACGCAUCCCAACUGAACACUUACUGCGGGGCUCCCCUCCUCCUCCUCAGAGGCGCUAUGGCCACACUAUGGUUGCCUUUGACCGUCACCUGUAUGUAUUUGGAGGUGCUGCUGACAACACUCUGCCCAACGAGCUCCACUGUUAUGAUGUGGACUCACAGACCUGGGAAGUGAUCCACCCCAGCACAGACAGCGAGGUAGAAACAAAAUGUGUUUACCAACAUCUGUGUCAGUGGAUGAUCUAAGUGAUCAAGUAAACAGCAAGAAUCGUAGGUAUUUGUCUUCUAGAGAUGAAAGUCCUUGUCCUUGCCCCCUCAGAUGCCGAGUGGGAGACUCUUUCACGCUGCUGCUGUCAUUCAGGAUGCCAUGUACAUCUUUGGAGGAACUGUGGACAACAAUGUGCGCAGUGGGGAGAUGUACAGAUUCCAGGUAAUGUUAUAGACUCUUGAUUUUCAGUAAUCAAGCUUGAUUUUAGUGAUUUGCAUCUUACAUUAAUUCUUUUCUUCUUGCAGUUCUCAUGCUAUCCAAAAUGUACUCUCCAUGAGGAUUAUGGUAAACUCUGGGAGAACCGUCAGUUCUGUGAUGUGGAGUUUAUUCUGGGUGAAGUGAGUAUUUAUCAUUCGUAUGUGAUGCUAACGAGCUGAGCUGAGCUAAGAUGAUUUUUCCGUCUACCUGUCUCUUUGUUGUGUACAGAGGGAGGAAAGAGUCUUGGGGCACAUUGCCAUAGUGACGGCAAGAUGUCAGUGGCUGCGGAAGAAAAUCCUGCAGGCUUGGGAUAGGCAGCGACAGGUGAGAGUACACUUCAUUUCUCGAAAGACUUAAGAAGACCAUCAGGGUUUUUAUGAUAAUUUGGAGCCCACUUUUGACACUAAUCACAUGUGCUCAACUAUUUUGGUCCACUGUUGGGCAAUAGGUGUUUUUUUUGUCAUGGCUUGUUUGACCAGUAUUAUUUCUAGUGUAACCUCCAGAUUUUUUCUUUUUUUUUUUUUCAAAUGAACCAAAAUAAAGGGUCUCAAGUCUCAAACAGAACAUUGGGGACUCACUCAGCCACACCUGAAUUCUUGAAUGGAUUUUACCUCUUUGUUAUCUGCUCUGCAAGAUGUUUUCUUCUCUUUUCAGCCAUGGGCUUCACCACUGUGACUUCUACUUUAAAAAGCCAUUAGUCAUGACCCACAAAAUUGCUAAAAUUUGAGGAUUAUUGGUCAUUUUUAUAAUUGGUUCUAGAAGUUGUCAGAAUUUUACAUUUUCCUACCUGCAUCAACUUUCAUCCUUAGUUACUUAAGUGUUAUUUAAACACUGUGCAUGUUGUGAAUAAACAAAAUAAAAGUAACAGUGCAAGAUUGUGAUACAGAGGAACUUCAGCCUCAGGAAUGUUAAACUAACAUGAUCCUGUCUUUGUGUGCAGAAGAGUAAACAGGAGAGCAGUGAGGAAAGUGACGAUGGGGCAGCUGGAGGCCAGAGGGAUAUCCCAGCAGGCCACAGGCCGUCGGGCACACAGCUGCUGCUAGAGGUAGCCAUCAGGGAAGCGGAGGCCCAGCCUUUUGAGGUCCUCAUGCAGUUUCUCUACACAGACAAGAUCCAGUACCCACGCAGAGGUACCGUUAUGCUCAUCAAUCUUUGGGUUGGUAUUUCUAGAAGCAAGGAGAGAUGAAGCUGCUCAUUUAUUCUUGUAUUGAUUUCUCUGUAGGUCAUGUGCAGGACGUUCUUCUUAUCAUGGAUGUUUACAAACUGGCACUUAGUUUCAAGCUGUCCAGGCUUGAGCAGCUGUGUGUGCAGUACAUCGAGGCGUCUGUUGACCUGCAGAACGUCCUCAGUGUUUGUGAAAAUGCUAACAAGCUGCAACUGGAUCAGCUGAAGGUACAUCUGGAUAAAUGUCCAACUUAGCUCCUGAUGUGAUGUGUGGUUGAUGUUGCUACAACACAGAGACAGAGAUAUGGAGAGGAAAUAACACAACAUCUAAAAUUCAUGCAAACAACUUAUUUCUCUCUGCAGGAACAUUGCCUUAACUUUGUGGUGAAAGAGUCACACUUUAACCAGGUGAUUAUGACCAAGGAGUUUGAGCAUCUUUCCACCCCGCUGAUAGUAGAGAUUGUGCGACGGAAGCAGCAGCCUCCUCCCAGGCUAUAUUCAGACCAGCCUGUGGACAUUGGGACUUCCCUGGUUCAGGACAUGAAGGCUUACCUAGAGGGAGGUGGCCUUGAGUUCUGUGACAUUAUCCUGCUGUUGGAUGGACACCCACGACCUGCUCACAAGGCCAUACUGGCAGCCCGGUCCAGGUACACACAACACAGGUUUAAUUAUGUGCUUCUGUACAAGCCUCCCUGAUGUAGGACUUCAGCUAAUUUCCGUGGUUUGGAAAUAAGCUCAAAUUUCUCUUACAAUAUUUUGCCAUACUUUUUGCAUGGGCGGGUUCUUGCCUUAAUGGUUGCAAAACUUUGAUUGUCAUUUGCUCUUUUCAACUUAGGGUUAAUUAUAUUUUUGACAAAUGUAAUAAAAAUGAAAACAUACAUAUACAUCAGGUAACAGAAGUGAAAACAUUUAAGUAAAGUGAUCUAGUAAAAGUACUUUGAGACAUCACUGACCAUUUCAGCUGAGGAACUGUUUCUAAUAUCUGCAUUUUUCCUCUCCUCAGUUACUUUGAGGCGAUGUUUCGCUCCUUCAUGCCUGAGGAUGGUCAGGUUAAUAUUUCCAUUGGUGAGAUGGUUCCAAGUAAGCAGGCCUUUGAGUCCAUGCUUCGUUACAUCUACUAUGGUGACGUCAACAUGCCGCCAGAGGAUUCUCUGUAUCCUUCUCAAAGUCAGACUGCCUUUUGUUCAUUUAUUGUCCUUCCCAAGCAGGAAAAAAAUCCAACCAUCAUAAGAUAACGAAAAUAAGGGAUCACAUUCUUUGAGAAAGGCAGAUAAAGAUAUGAGAGGAGUCUUUACUUCUCCUCACAGAGCUAGCAAAUACUAAAAGCAUCAUAGCUUUGGGACAAGAACGUUUUUUGCAAAGUGUAGAGUCCUGGUCAAUCAAAACAAACACACUCAAGGAGUACUUCUCUUAUAACCUCUAUGUGAUAUCCUCUGAUAAGACCUUAAACUACACCAUGAAAAAAUGUGGAUUUACCCAUUUUGUUUGGUAAAUUAUGUAAUUUCUUCACCAACCAAGAUGUUUGAGUAGAGUGUGAAUAUGGAGGUCUGGAUUUUUUGAAGCUUGGGAAGUGCUGAUGUAGUCAAUCGAAGUAGUAAUAACAGAUAGUGUAGUAAAAACAAAUAGUGUAGUGCUCUGGAUGAAAACUUUCAACUUGGGUGACAAAUCUGCUCGAUGUUACUAUGCAAAAGCCUAUCAAUUAUUAGUUUUUAUCAAUUUACUGAUGAGACUUUUUGACUACAAAUAUUUCAAAAGUUUUCUUUCACUCUGCAGGACAUACACCUGAUUAAGUUUGCAUUUUUAUUCUAGCAAAUCCUUCUUAUGUUUUUCUGUCUGCAAACUUAAGACCUGUUCCGAGGGAUUCACAAAGAUACAAAUUUCUUUUUUGGGCUCAUACAUCUAAAGUAAGCAAGAGGAAGCAUCCCUGUGUUGAAGGGGGGCUAUUUAACGAGCAAGAAAUGACAGUGUUUACCUCUGGGACAUAAAUCAAUUUGGAAAAAGAGAGAAAGUUGUUUUCAGAACUGCUGGCUACACCGUAAUUGCUGAGAUCGACUGUUUUCGGUACCUUAUUGCAAACUGCAAAGUAUGAUUUGUGUGUGGUACGGAUUAAAUUAGGGGUUGACACAGUGAAAAUAAUGUGGAAAUGCUUUCAUCCUACUCGCUCAGGAAAGUAAGCUCGUGUAACCACUAUGCACAAAACAUACAAUACAAAGAACAAAAUAGAGCUUUGGAUUAUUUUAUAUCAAAUUGCUGAUUAUCUUUAUAGAAUGAGUAAAUAUUCUGCUGCAUUCCUUGAGCAAGUCAAAGGCAACUACAUGGUAAAAGCGAAUUAAUCCUACUUUUCAAUGUGACUGAGAGGAAAAGCUUUCACUUUCUUAACCUCUGACACAAAGCUAUUUGUUUGCUGCUCCAUAUUACUACGGCUUUUCAAACAACCGGCUCCAGGCUUACUGUAAGCAGAAUCUGGAGAUGAAUGUCACUGUGGAGAAUGUCUUGCAGGUAUUUAUGUUUUUGCUCAAGAGGGGAGCAGUGACCUAAUUUGACCGAGCUGUCCUGCACUUCAAUAUUUUUUCAAAUCUGAGUGAAUCAUCUCGUUACUCACGGUUUAAUUUCUCCGUUUGUCUGCUUCAGAUCCUGGAGGCAGCUGACAAGACUCAAGCUCUGGACAUGAAGAAGCACUGCCUACACAUUAUUGUCCACCAGUUUAUCAAGGUGGGUGGGCUUGUAUCCAGAGUUCUGGGGGUCUGCUGCCCACUCACUACAGCUGAGCUAACCCUGUAGGCCAAUCUUCUUUGCGGGACACUGAGACUUUUUGGCCUCCUAGAAGAUCAUCCUCCAUCUUCUAAGUAGAGGGGAGAGUGUUUACAGCCCAGCCGGCUGUUCAAGCACUUCAUCACGUAGAGAUUAGGGUCAAAGUGCCGCUCUGAUUAUUGUUUGUUAUUCAAAGAAACAGCUAAGAACUCAAUUCUCACCCUCUGUCAGUAUUUUAGUUAUGCUUCUUUUUUUUAUCUUCAGUUUUCAUGCUGCUUAUCCCUCAUUUGACUUUGUUAGUCUCACUGUCCUGUCUUAAUUUAAGGCUCAUCUUUUUUUCUUUUUUUUGCCCUCCUCCCCUCCCAAAGGUAUCCAAGCUCCCCAACCUGCGGUCUCUCAGCCAGCUGCUGCUGUUGGACAUCAUUGAGUCUCUAGCCACACACAUAUCAGACAAACAGUGUGCUGAGAUGGGUUCGGACAUUUAG